AUGUCCACCUACAUUACACGUUAUAAUUUCACUGCAAUGGAAGAUGCAAGUAACGUUGCGAACAUGACUUCGAAUUACAGUGAUUACGAUUAUAUUGAUGGCAACGACGGCGCGUUGAACGAUAUAUAUGACGAGAUGCGGGACGCGAUUCGCGUACCAAUGACAAUUUUGUGGAUUACCAUUUUAUUGGUAGGUCUAUUAGGAAACGUUGCGUUCAUGUACGUAGCCAUUAAGGUACGAUGGAUGCGAACAGUUACUAAUUUGUACUUGAUGAACCUCAGCUUAGCAGACGUAGCUUAUCUUUGUGGCAAUUUGCCGAUAGAAGUUAUGUCUCUUUACGGAGUGAAUCUCGAAAAUCAAUUUGCUGUGUGUUUCUUGACAACUCUUCUUACUUACCUGUGUCAAUACGUUGGAAUGUUCUCGAUCACUAUUAUAAGUAUUGAGCGCUACUAUGCCAUAUGCUGUCCCCUCACCGCAAAAAAACUGAGUAGCAAAUCGCGAUCGCGGAACCUCAUCAUCAUUGCCUGGAUUGUAGCGGCGCUACUGUCUUCGGUUUUUUUCGCUUCGUGUAUAUUGGAGAAUAUCCCCUUCACAAUCAGCAUCUUUUUGAUGGUGAUUCAAACAGUACCCUUUGUGGCAUCUAUGGUCAUCGUGCUAUUGUUGUAUUUGAUCAUCGGCCGCCAGAUUGCUAACAGCACUCAGCGUGAAGCUGUACCCUGUAAAGGAUCCCGAGCACGAAAAGAGAGACGCCAAGUUAUAAAUCUACUCAUCGUUACGGCCAUAAUCUUUUUUCUAAGUGUCUGCCCCUAUCAAGGAUUUUUGAUAUAUUAUUUGUGCGCGGCAUACAGACUUGUACCUGCUUUCCAGCACUAUCCGUCUGAAUCUGUCUUGCGAGACAUGUAUAUCAUGAACAGCUUCUUCAUCACAUUAAUGUAUUUUAACUCAGCUAUAAACCCGGUGAUAUACAACGCAACAAGUUCCAAGUAUCGACAGGCAUUCAAAGAAGCUCUACCGUGGCUAUGUUGGAAGGGGAAACCUCAUCACGAAAGAAUGUUUUCAGAUCGCUAUAACUCCGAGGGGAACGGGACACAGUCAUAUAACAUGAGACACAGCACAGUGACAACAUAUCGGCCCCAUUAUCCCGUGUCGACCAUGACUCUUCCAACCACCGUGUAG